CGUCGAGAGCUCGUGUCGGGUGGUCGAUGUAGCCUCCUGUGUGUGUUUUUGGACAACUUGGAAGCAGGGUGCGCGCGUUGUUCCUCUGUUUGCGAAUGGUUCUAACAGAUUCUUCAACUUCGUGGAAUACUGCAGGAUACAGCUAGGGUUUCCAGUAGUGUUGUUUUACUGUGGAAGUGUGUUUAAAACGUCGCGUCGGUUUAUAUUUAUGCCCAUAUGCUUGCAUUUGACGACCUGCUUUCAAUCGGAUAGGAUGUGGAAUUCAAAGGAAUGGAAAUCAAAUCAAGUUCAAGAGUUAUACAAUAUGUAGCAUGUUGUCGUCUGUGCCGCAACGAGACUUCUGCUGUGUUUACUAGUUAUGUUUCGCAUUGGGGGUUGUGGUGUGGAAGUGAUUCCGAAUGAAAACAAAAUUGUACUGAGGUUUAUUGGCGUAUUGUAGCUCGCAGAUUCCUCUGUUAUACCUUUGGAAACAGUUUUUUUUAGAGUAUCGCAGAAGUGGCUAGACGCCUGUUAAUUGAUAAAAGAAUUCUGAGGUUUUAGAGUGUGUAGCACGACUAACGACAUUGUUGAUCGUUGUUGUGGAUGGCGUCUUUAAUUAACGGUUGACAUUGCGAGGCUGAUAUAAAAAUAUACAAAAAAUGUCUGUGAAAAAUAAAAUCUCAUGAGUGCGAUAUCAUCGACCGAGAAGUAUUACGUGGAAAUAAAAUCUAACGAAAAAGUAUUUAUUCUGCGUAGAGUAGAAUUGUGUAUGAAAAUGGAAGAAGAAGGUAGAGGUGGAGAGUGGUAGCGAAGAAGCUUAUGUGCUCUAGAAUUAAUGAAAUUAUUUGUACCGGAUGAGGGGAGAAGUAAUAGGACGAUUUAUCCUACGACAUAAAAAACCGACUGUGCUAUACGGUGCAUGCAAGUGAGGAGUAAAGUUUGGUGAAAGCAGAACCUAUCAACAUCAUUGAUAACUAUCUAGGAUAUCUUAAAUUGCAGCCAUUAUAAGUCUAGAUCACUCAGCUGGUUCUAAGCGCUCAAAAUGAAGCCACCGUUACUGAGGGCGACUUUCGUUUGGUCGUCUCUUCUGCUGAUAUCUGCAACGGUUGAGUGGGUCCACUCGUACCUGCCGGAUACGACAAGUCUGACGACUGAGCAAAUCGAAUACGAGUGCUUUCCGACGCACAUGAAAGAGAAUCUACUGCCACGCUUUGCCUCCCGCAACCAAAAUGAUUCGAUAGCGAUCCAAGUGAGCCGUCGCUACACCCACCAGAUCAUCUCGCGCAUUUACGGCAUCUUUCUGCGGGAGAUCCUCGGCUACCGCAACGUGAAGCUGGUGAACCUGUACGAACGGACGCACGACAUUCAACGGGAACGGCUCUUUGUCACGCUGGAAAACCUUGUGUCAGAUGGUAUCAAUUGGCCAGAGCCUACCCUCGAUCUGGAAGUGUGGAUGCUCUCGGACUAUCAUAUAAUUCCGCCGGAAAUUGAAGAAGCCGGUUCGAUAACCCACCCGGGCCGUUUCGGACUAUUUAUUCCGAAGUCGUUGGUCCGGAAGGAGGACGUGUUUCCGAAACUAUACCCCUACACUAUGUUCCAGGAAGAUCUAAACAAUCCAAAAUAUUACGAUUUGAUAAAAAAGUUCGACGUUGCGGAUGGGGUGCUUGAAGUGCUCAAAAGUUGGGCCGAAAGAAGUUGCAAAAAUGAAAACACGUGCAAUCAGGAUGGUAUGUACAUACCGGAACAGUGUACAGAAGGGAAGAAGUGUGCUCUUGUGCUCGCACCCCAUUACGAAGAUACGAAGUUCAUCGUAAAGCACAUCGAAGAGUUAAAGUUUCAGCUGAAGGUUAUUUGGUUAGGAGGCAAACUUAAACUUGGCAUCAAACAUCUGAUGAGUGUGUAUGGAAGUGAUAGAAAAAGCUCGAAAAAGUUUCUCGUAUUACAUUGGACUCCGUCGGAGAUAAUUGAUAGCAAAACGAUGGAAUACGUUGCUGUGACCAUGCCGCGAUGUGAAGACAUCAUCGUUAGUAACAACACCGGCUGCAAAUACGAACUGACGCCACUGCUAAAGUAUCAUGCACACGAGUUUGAGUCUUCCCAGCACGCCCUUCAGUCACUGCUCCGAGUAUACUUCGAUACGUCUGGUAUACAGGCGCUAAUCGAUUUAUACGACAAGUACGAACCGCAAAUUUUGCGGGCUAGGGAUGAGACAAAUUUGGAGUACGACGACCAUGCUGUGUCAAGAUACUACAACCAAAUAUCUUGCGAAUGGCUCAAGACCAACGAACCCGCCUGGCACAAGUGGAAACCCAAAGGCGAGGAAAAGGAGGAAAUUUAUAUUGGGGGCAUUUUUCCGCUGUCGGGACUGGGGCAAGCCUAUCUGGGGAUAAUGCCCGCGGCUGUUAUGGCUCAGCAAGCGAUCAACAGUAACGGCACCAUUCUACCGAAUCACAAGCUAAUAAUACUGAAGAGCGACGGUCAGUGUCGUGCUGACAAGGUUAUGAAAAACUUUAUCAAUUAUUACAUAAUGCAAGAGCGAAUGAUUGGUGUGCUGGGACCGGCUUGCAGCGACACGGUCGAACCGAUUGCAGGUGUAUCCAAGCAUUUUCGCAUGGCUGUUAUUUCGUACUCUGCUGAAGGCGCAUUUCUAUCAGACCGGGACACGUAUCCGUACUUUUUCCGUACGAUUGGCGAAAACCGACAAUACGAGCACGUGUACGUGCGGCUUUUGCAUCAGCUCAAAUGGAACCGAGUUGCUGCCCUGACGGAAGAUGGUCAAAAAUCCACCGAAUAUAUAUCGCACAUGGAAACGAUGCUGAAGGAGAACCACAUCGAGCUGAUAUCGAACAAAAAGUUUCCACGCGAUAGGAGUGCUACUGAAAUGAAUCAGUACCUUUUGGACCUUAAGACGAAAAAUGCAAGAAUCAUCAUAGCCGACGUUGACGAUAAGGUGGUACAAGUUAUCAUGUGUGAGGCUUACAGACUAGAGAUGACGGCCGAGAACGGGUACGUCUGGUUCCUACCGGUGUGGCUCACCAAUUUGUGGAACCUCAGCAACGACAGCCCAAUCCGAUCGAUGGUCAAAUGCACCCGUCAGGAAAUGCUCAAAGCUAUCAAUGGCCACUUCUCCUUGUCGCAUGCGCCCUUCGCCGAUAGUCAUCGAACCGUGGACACCAUCAACGGUACGGUUGGCAAAUGGAGGUCUGACUACCGGCAAGUGCUGCAAAAACACGACUAUCUUGAAUCAGAUUACGCUGGAUAUGCAUACGAUGCGGUGUGGGUCUACGCGCUGGCGUUGGACCAGUUGAUACGAGAGGACCCUUCCUAUUUGAGCGAUCUACAUUCGAUAAAAACUACCAAACGGCUUAUGGAGGUAAUCAGAGCGACCGACUUUCGGGGAGUUUCUGGGCGAAUAAGGUUCGGUGAAGAAGGAUCCCGGUAUACCAUAAUCAACGUGCUGCAGUGGAUCAACGGAACUCCUAAUAUCGUGGGACAAUUCACCCCGAAUAUUUCGGAGAGCAAGUAUCAACUUUUGGGGGGUACGCUUACCUUAAAUCAAUCGGCAAUUGUUUGGAUGACGAAAGAUGGGAAGAUUCCGGAAGAUGGCGCUUUGGACUGCUCAUUAAAGGGGUUGGCCAGAUUUUUCGGAAUGGGUUGCGAUGGUACCGUGUACGUUCUAAUUGGAUUCCUAUGUGUCAUGACAAUUGCUGUUAUUUCGUUGGCUUCGUUCUGCUACUUCCAAAUUCGGUAUAAUCGUAAGAUCAAGCAUUCAGCGAAAUAUUUGCAAAAGUUUGGCAUCGAUUUACUGUCACCGUCUUCGAUUCCGGUAAACACACUUGACAAAUGGGAGGUUCCCAAGGAUCGUGUAGUGAUCAAUCGUCGGCUUGGGGAAGGUGCUUUUGGAACCGUGUAUGGUGGUGAAGCGCAGAUCGAAGAAGAAGGCUGGACUGCUGUAGCUGUGAAGACUUUGAAGAUAGGCUCUACUACGGAAGACAAGGUAGAUUUCCUAUCUGAAGCAGAAGCAAUGAAACGGUUCGAUCAUAACAAUAUUGUUAAACUAUUGGGAGUAUGUUUGCAGACGGAGCCAGUUUACACCAUAAUGGAGUUCAUGCUGUACGGUGACCUUAAGACAUAUCUACUAGCUCGUCGCCAUUUGGUGAAUAGUAAACAAACUGAAGAUUCGGAUAUAUCGCCGAAACGGCUGACGAUGAUGGCCUUAGAUAUUUCACGCGCUUUAUCGUAUCUCGCAGAACAGAAGUAUGUUCAUCGAGAUUUGGCUUGCCGUAAUUGCAUGGUGAACGCACAAAGAGUAGUCAAACUUGGGGAUUUUGGAAUGGCACGCCCUACAUUUGAGAAUGAUUACUACCGGUUCAAUCGAAAAGGGAUGCUUCCAGUACGAUGGAUGGCACCUGAGUCACUUGCAUUAGGAAUAUUCACCCCUGCAUCGGAUGUUUGGUCCUAUGGAGUAUUACUUUACGAAAUUAUCACAUUUGGCUCAUUCCCCUACCAAGGAAUGACAAACAAUCAAGUUCUUGAGCAUGUGAAAGAAGGUAACUGUAUGACCAUUCCUGUCGGUAUAAGGCCUCAGUUAGAAGGUCUUAUGAAAGCUUGUUGGAAUCAAGAUUAUAAGAAACGACCAAAUGCUUCGGAAGUGUCUGAAUUCAUUUCAAAUUAUCCUAGGCUUUUGAGUCCCUGUUUAGAUGUUCCGUUAGCGUCGGUGCAAAUGGCUGAAACCGACAGUGAUCAGUUUGAGCUAUUGCCAGGUUUGCGGAAACGAAAAGAUGAACCAACCGCGGAUCUGCUACUCGGAACAUCACAAAUGAAUGAUCUGAAUCAAACAGCAACCGGCUACACUAGAAUGAAUAUGCGUAGAGGGAUCAAUCUCAAUGAUUUGAAUGUCGACACAGAUUUUCGAAGCAGUACUCUACCUAACACUGAAACCAGUACGGUUAACAAUGGAGGCGUGGCUCUUAAUGUGUACAAUCCCGUUGAGCCUCUUCUACAACGUCAGCUGGAAGUUUCCAAAAGCAGCUAUAACAUACUUCGCUACGUGCCAAUGUUCGGACUUGGGCGGAACAAAGCCCCCGUGCUGAUUACGCACAACAAUGGAUCCGUUACAAUUGGCAAUAGAAGCAACAGUACAAGUGUAUUAUAGCAACAGGAAAUAGUGGAAUCCACCACCGGAAUACCACCAGAAAACGCACCAAAGGAAAACCCCGGAGAAGUCUAAUUCAUUCGAAAUAAUGUUGGAUUUAUAGAACUAGACUUUAUUUGUUUAUUGAAUUGAAGUUAGAAGACUUUAAAUAGUCUUUGUAGUUUUUAGCAUUUCGUUAAACUAAACAGAACUCUGUGCAGAAUAACAUGAAAAUAAAAACUGCAGUACAAAUGCCAUGCCGUCCGUUAGGGUCAGAGAACCACAUGAUAAAGGGUAGUGCAGAUGAAUUUCUCAGUUUUUUAAAUUUAGCGCUGCCUGGUGUCACAAGUUUUCAGACUCUGUAUGCCAAAAUAUGAGGAAAUCAGUUCAAAUAUGUAGUAAUAUAGGACAUAUUUUGAAGCAAACAUGCUUAGAGAGUGCUCAAAUAAUAAUUUAUAUGUAUUCUAAUCGAAAGACAUUUGAACUCAACCAUAUUAAAUGUUAUUAGUUAUGAAAACGUAAGACGACGAUCUGACGAAACCGAGAUUAUAAAUAUAACCUGUUUGACAGAAUAUAUUAAUGUUGAUCUUUAUCAGUGAGAAGUAUCCUUUGAAACUAGUCGGAUAUAGCUAACAUAGCAGUUAGAUUGCUCUCAAGAGUAUCUUCUAUCUAGGUACCUUCAUAAUCUGUAAGGAAACAUAGCGAAACUAUAGAAGUUUAUAAAAGUUAUUUAGCUAAUCAGCCUACGAACAAACGCUCCAAUCUAAGCGAUGGAUUUAAUUAUAUACCUCAAGCAUUGCAGGAAACAGAUGAUUUUUAAAACGUUUUUACGCUAGAUAAACGCAUUUUCUACAGCACGACCAACCAAUAAAAAUAUUAAUCUAAGACCAACACAA